UUAGGGAUUUUCCUGUUCUGACGUCACAAGACAACAUGGCGUCCACCUUUCACUUCAGCAAGGAAACACCCCCUGAUACGGUUUUUAGUGAUAUACAGAUGGUCAACAAAUUUCAGAAUGAGCAAUUUCGCCAACUUGUUGAAUAUUCUUUGGAAUUUCUCGCUGAUCCAGGGAAGUCACAAAAGUUGAUGGAACAGCUGGGGGACUUUGCUGAGAGUAAUGGUGUGGGGGCAUCGGCCCUGAAGAAUGUAUUUAAAAGUCUACUACUGGUACCAAACAGUGCCCUGAAGAAGAGCCUGAGUCCAGCCCAGUUACAAGAGGAUUUAGUGAAUCUAGGUUUGUCUAAAGACAAGGCUGACUACCUCUCUGAACAGUGGAAGGCUAACCUAGCAGCUCUUUCCCGCAGUGCCCUCGGUCAAACACUGAUGGUCAACCAACUACUGGACAUGGAGUGGAAGUUUGGAGUGACAGCUGGGAGCAGUGAGGCAGACAAAGUCGGCAACACUUUCUUACAGUUAAAGCUGGUGAUAAAUACAGGCAAUGGUACCAAGAACACGUAUAUGGAACUAACUUUACCACAGUUUUACUCAUUCCUCCACGAAAUGGAGAAAGCCAAGGCUAGUCUUGAGUACCUAAGCUGAUGAGUGUGUGGGAGUACUGACCAUAGGCCGAUCGUUGGGACAGACCACCCUGGGGAGAAGGACAACUGUCUGAUGUAGAUAUUGUGUGUUCUCAGGAACUUAUUCAAGGCGAUGAACAAUAGUGGAAAUCAAUGUAGAACCAGGUCCACUUGGUCUCUUGCAUUCUGAACGUAUGAUAAAAAAUCGUUGAAGAUCAGAAAUAAAUGUUAACAUGUGUAAGUUAUGAUCAAUACGGUAAUAAAACAUCAAACAGACAUAACAUUUGAUGUACAUCUCCCCACGAUUCUAGGAGUAACUGAGUAUAUGUCAAUGAUAUAAAUGAUGUUGGUGACUUUAGUGUACAUGUAGAUGUUAUGGAAGAAGAGUGUUGAUCGUGUAUUUGUUAUAAAAUUGAAUGAGUGCAAUAUGAUGGUUAUAAAUUGUACAAGCCACUGCAUACAUUUUGUAUGAUUUUGGUGUCCAAAACGUAAUAAAAUGAAGAUUUAUUUAUAACAUAA